AUGUUUCAUUGUAAAAAGUUUAUUUUUUGAAAAAACUUCAAAACAAUUUUUUCAGACGAUGGUCCUCGAAACAAGCAGCCUCAAGCUCCAUGUUGGUUCUGUCUUUCAAACGUCGACGCUGAAAAACAUCUUGUCGUCAGUGUUGGAAAUUCAUGCUAUGCCGCAAUGCCAAAAGGACCACUCACAAAUGAACACGUUAUGAUAUUAUCAAUUGGACAUAUUCAAUCACAAGUUUCAGCUCCAGUUGCUGUUCGAGAUGAAAUUGAGAAAUUCAAAAGUGCUUUCACAUUAAUGGCAAAUAAGACUGGAAAAGCGUUAGUAACUUUUGAGCGGAAUUUUCGAACACAACAUUUACAAGUUCAAAUGGUGGCGAUCGAUAAAGCAUCGACGAGAGCAUUGAAAGGAGCAUUUAUGAAUUCGGCUGCGCUGGCUGGAUUUGAAUUAGUUACUAUUGGACAUGAUGAACAUGUUAGUUUUAUUUUUAUCUUCGAAAAAUUGCGAUUGUUGGCAUUGCGAAAAUAAGUCACUAAACAUUGUUAUCUAAGUUUUCAAAAAAAAACACAAAAAUUGAAAAUUCUGUUAGAAAUUGAUCUCGAUUUUGAUAAAUAAAAAAUAUCGAGGUUAUAUUCAAUUAAAAUCGGAAAAUAAUCGGAUACAUCAAAAACAUUACGCGCAAAAACCUACAUUUACAAAAAUACAUUGCAGAGUUUCUCAAAUAUUCGAAAUGUUUUUUUUUUGGCAAAAAUUAUCAAUGAUGAAUUUUACACGUCACAGAACACGUUGAUAAUAUUUAUUUUUAUCCAUUUAUUUUAAAAACAAAUUUUUUUUCGGAGAGAAAAAUAACAAGUUUUUUGCUUUUUAGAAAUUAUGAACUAUCGAGUAUCAAGUCAUUUUUCUCUUAAAAAAUACUCAAUUUCAGCUUUCCGAUUUGGUUAAUGAAGGUUGCCCGUAUUUUGUCGCCGAACUUCCUGAUGGUUCGAAAUUAUUCACAAGAAGUAUGAAAGGAUUUCCAUUGCAGUUUGGUAGAGAGGUAACUUUUUCUUCUUUUUUUCAAAAUCUUUUAUACUCGGGAAAAAUCCCGCAAGUGCCGGCAAGAAUUGCAGUGAAGCCGCAAUGUCUGCGGAUGAAACCGCCGUUGUUGCGGGGGAAAGACAAGGGGAAUGUGAGAGAGCGCAGACGCUCGCUACUUUUUGUCUGUUUGCCUGUGCUCUCUCACACUUCCCUUGUCUUUCCCCCGCAACAACGGCGGCUUCACCCGCAGCCAUUGCGGCUCUACUGCAAUUCUUGCCGACACUUGCGGAAUUUUUCCCGAGUAAUUAAUUUUUCCAGGUGCUCGCGUCGGCUCCAAUAUUGGAUUGCGAAGAGAAAAUUGAUUGGAAGAAAUGUGUUUUAGAAAAAGAAAAAGAAAUUGAGUUGGUUAAUAAGUUGAAGGAAGCUUUCAAACCGUUUGAUUUUACCGCCGAAGAUGACUCGGAUUGA